AUAUAAUUACAAAAAAAACACUCCCAACGGUCAGAAAUUCCAGUGAUAGUGAAACCGAAACUCCAUUUUAACGUUCGCUCUCUCCCUCGUUCUACUGACCGUUACGUUCCCCACAUUCUCCCAAACCCCAAACUCUCUCUCUCUCUCUCUGUGUUUGGGUAAUGGAACCAGCGAAAAUUGAUUGGAAGAGAACGGAGUCCAUAUUUGUAGAGGACGAGCUGUACGAACUCAUAAACGCACCCAAAUGGGUCGAUUUCUUGGCUCCCGAAAACUCUGUGGACGUCGAGGCCUGGUUUUGCAGACCCAAUUGCAAGCAUCCGAAGACAGCUGAAGAUUUUCUCAAGUCAACUCCUUCUAAGCUCACCAGCUCAGCUAAUCUUUCUGAAUCUCUUCCACUCCAUGAUCAGAAUAGACGAGUUGCAAAAUUGAAGAGAAGAGGGCUUACUCAAUCUUCAAAUUCUUCGAAUAGCAAUCACAAAUUCAAUGAAGAUAGCGAAAAUCAGAACCCGAAUAUGUCAACUCCUCCGAUUCAUCAAGCCAAGUCCACGAAAGCAGCAAUCAAAUCCAGCAUAGAAAAGAAGAAAAUGACCAAUGACAUGUUGCAGAACAAUGAGGUGCCAAGGCUGAAAAGCACUCUCUCAGCAAGGAACUUGUUUGCAGGGCGGGACAUACUGAAUCAGGUUACGGAGUUUUGUAGUGAAUUAAAGAGAAUGGCUACAAGGAUGAGGGAGAGAGAGGAAGUGGACGGGCUGAAUGUGGAGAAGAGCGAAGUGGUUGUUGAGGAAAAGGAGAUGAAAGAGAGUUUUUGUGAGGUUUUGGGGGAGGUGAAUGGGAGGGAUAAAGAGAGGAAGCCAUUGCUUGAAUUGAGGAAAGAGGAAUCUAUAGGAAAGGGGGAAAGCAGUGUUAAGGAGAAGCAGAGGAGGAAGAAAAGAGCUGAUGAGGCAGAGAAUGUUCCAAUUUCUCUGGAUUUGGAUAAUGUAUGGUGUAAAAGGGAUGAGACCCUGCGGCAAAUUCGAACAAAUCCUCCCUCCCCUCAAUGCUUUUCUGCCACUCGUGGAUGGAACAAAACCACUGCAUCUAAGGCUGCCAAAUCCAGGCUGAUGGGGAGUGGGGAAGUACUUCAAGAAAUGGAGCAAAAUAAGGAGGUAGCAAGAGAAGAAUCAGCAGAAAAAGGCCAGAGUGUGUGCAUUGUGGAUGCAAGAGAAGCAAGAACGUUGGAUGUAUUUUGGUUCCUCAAGCCUUGCAGGCUAUCCAAUUAAUGGUUGAAAAUCAAGUAAGAGAUUAAUUUUAUUUUAUUUUAUUUUUCACUUUUAGUGUCACUAUAGCCCAUUGUUUUAUUUUUUAUAUCACCAUUGUUUUUACUCUCAUCUCCUUGAUUCAUUUGUUGUUGACAAAAGAAGCUGUAAUUAAACACUCAAUAAUUGAAUCCAGUUCAAUACUCAUCAAUAAAAUUGGUGUAUU